CACACAGAUUCUUCAAUUUACUUUAAUGGAAACUCCGUACCCAAACCUCAUCACUCCCUCAACGCCUCGUAUCGGAUGGAUCGGCAUCGGAAUCAUGGGAUCCGCCAUGGUCUCACACAUCCUCGCCGCAGGCUACUCCGUCACCAUCUACGCACGCGACGUCACCAAGUCAACGGACCUUCAAACCAAAGGCGCCCGCACCGCCACCACCCCGAGAGAGCUAGCGGAGAAGAGCGACGUCGUUUUCACGAUGGUCGGAAACGCCAACGACGUCAGAUCACUCCUCCUCGGUCCCGACGGCAUCCUCUCGGGUCUCAGACCCGGAGGAGUAACCGUCGACAUGACCAGCAGCCAGCCUGCGCUUGCGCGUGAACUUCACGCGCAAGCUAGGCGGAGAGACUGCUGGGCGGUUGACGCUCCCGUGUCUGGAGGUGACGCGGGAGCUAGGGAAGGGACGUUAGCGAUUUUCGCGGGAGGAGAUUUAAAGAUCGUUGAGUUGUUGAAACCAGUGAUGAAGUGUAUGGGAACGGUUAAGUAUAUGGGAGGAGCGGGGAGUGGGCAGGGGUGUAAGAUUGGGAACCAGAUAUGCGUUGGGAGCAACUUGGUGGGACUUGCGGAAGGGAUGGUGUUUGCGGAGAAGGCGGGUUUGGAUGCGAAGAAGUGGCUUGAGGCGGUGAAGGACGGUGCGGCGGGGUCGGCGGUUAUGAGGCUUUUUGGGGAGAUGAUGGCGGAGAGGGAGUAUAAGGCGACGGGGUUUGCGGAGUAUAUUGUGAAAGAUUUGGGGAUGGUGGCGGAGGAGGGUGGUGACGUGGCGGCGAUGCCUGGGGCGGGUUUGAGUAAGCAGUUGUUUUCUGGGAUGGUGGCGAAUGGAGAUGGGAAGUUGGGGAUUCAAGGGGUUGUUUCUGUUAUUAGGAGACUUAACGGCAUGUCGUGAUAAGACAGUGUGUUUGUGUUAAAUGGUUUCAUGAAACUUGUCUUCGGUUUGGUGUGUGGUAAUAACAUGGAACCUUACAUUAUACGAGAGUCACUAACAUAUGACAUAACCUAGCUUCUUCCACUUUGGCUAAUAGAUAGAAUCUUGGGACCAAGUGAAUCUAGAAUAAGAACAUCUUCAUGUGUUAAAAAAGAAAGCAAACUAAAGAAGAUUACAAAUAUAGUCAUGAUGGAUUGAAGGCAACGAUCUUCUUUUUGAAAACCAGUGAUCAGAACAGAAGAUAAAGCAGGAAAAAACAAG